GUACAACGCACCUGUACGCCUCAACACAUCCUCACCAUGAAGCCAUUAACCGUUCUCAGGAUUUCGUUAGCCUCCGUUGUGACCACAACCGUUGCCAAGCAAGUGGGGUAUUUCCAGUCGUCGGAUUGCGUUGACUCAUCGGGAUUCGAAUCAUGUUACCAAGAUGCCGACCAGGAUUUUGCCAGUUGUGUCAAUAACAACUGUGCUGGCGGAAGUAAAGGAUGUACGGAAUCCUGCAAUGGGAACCCUGCAUGCGUGCAAUCGAAGUGUCCCGACUUGGGAAUAGACUGCAUCAAUGCCUGCGAGUGUUUAAAGAACACUGACUACAUUGAAUGUACCGCAACUAGUUGUUGGAAUCAGGUAUAUUCUUGCGAAUAUCAAAAGACUGCCUACGACUUGCUUGACUCCUGCGUGAACACGGAUAUCGAAUCAGUCCCUUUCUUCCCGCCUCCUGAUAAUGCCCCGGGUGGCUGCUCCUGUAAUCUGGGCAGAGUGGCUAAGGUACAGAAAGUGGCGGAAAAUGCGAUGCAUGAGUGUUACGACAAUAUGAAGCCGGAUUGGCCUUACGAGCAGACCAUGCUCUAUGGGGCCACAUGCCUGUGUUGUGGCCAAAGCUCUUAUAUUUCAUCGAUAUGGGACGUAUGCCCAAAUACAAUACCCGCCCUGCUGGAUGCAGAUGCCGUGUAUAAGGCUCUCCUGGAGAACAGUGACUGGGACAAGUGCGGGACAUAUCUUGAUAAUGACACUUGCACAGCGGAUCUAGGCUUUAGCAACCUGACGGAGUUCCAUGGCCCAGGAAAGCUGCCCGCGAAUGGGACGGAAACACUAUACAAUACUGGUGGUGUGGUUUCGACGCCAGUGAGCGGUAACACCUUCACAUGGACAAUCCAUGACAGUCCACGCCCCAUCACAGCUGCGGCCACAAACAAGGCUGUACCAACCAAAUCAGAAUCUGGCGGUAAGAGUGACACAACCACUGCGGAAUCUGGAACAGGACAUGAAGCUAGAGUCUCACUGUGGACUCUUCUUGGCACGAUUGGUGCUGGAUAUCUGCUUGUCGGAUAGCCAUUAUAUUCGAGUUCAAGUCCAUUCAGUGUAUCUCAAGAAUAACAUUCUGAUCCUAUCUCACCAGAUCUUUACUACAGUAUUAAAUAAAAACCCUUGAAUACAAG